UAAUAAACGGCUUUUGGGGGCAUGAAUUAUGAAAAGAGCUCAUUUACUAAAGAACCCUGUUGCUAAACCGUGGACCACUUCGGCCAACAUCGGGACGGGGUUAUCAAAUUACAGGUACCUACUUACAAGCAUUACAGUGCUAAGGAUGCUAUAAUUUCACUAGUUUAGGGGUCAUCGUCGCUCCGCGCUGCGUCUUCUUCCUCCCUUCAGCUACCUCUCGGCUUCGUCAACGUCAACCGUUACGACCGGUCAAUAAUCUGCCGACUGCUCAUAUUCAUCCUUUAUAUUUGCUCUUCUUUGGAGAGAUCGUUUUUCUCAAAAGAAGAAAUAAUAACCGCAUACCUGGUGCUCCUUGACGAUUCGCUUUCUCCGGAAGCCCGAACGACGACCAAGCCUCGAUUUGAUAAACAACCUCCUCCUUAAUGAUCGCGAGGCAAUAACUGCCAUCUCAACAUGGCCUUUAACUUUAACUGGUCACCCUUGACGGCCGACGCCGAGUUUUACUCGCGCGCUCGCGACCUCUUGACCAAGGCGCUCAAUAAGUCGCCAAAGCCGCCCAUCAUUGUUGACGACAUUCUGGUUAGCGAAUUUAACUUGGGCACCUUGCCCCCCGACCUGGAAAUCCUCGAGAUUGGCGAUCUUGCUGAAGACAGAUUCCGCGGAAUUUUCAAAAUGACAUAUUCUGGCGAUGCUUUCUUGACUUUAAAGACCCGUGUUCAGGCAAAUCCCCUCAAUACAUAUCUCGACUCUAAACCAAGCUUCACGUCUCCUCAACCGCUUGCGGCUGCGUCUGGCCUUACCAUCCCACUCUCCAUUACAUUAUCCGACUUUAAACUAUCCGCCUUUAUUAUAUUGGUCUUUUCUAAGCAAAAAGGCUUGACACUAGUCUUUCGAAAUGACCCCCUUGAGUCUCUCAAGGUCUCGUCGACCUUUGACUCGAUCCAAUUCGUCCGCGACUACCUCCAGCGAACCAUCGAGCAACAACUGCGCAACUUGAUGAUGGACGAAUUGCCUGCUAUUAUUCAUAGAUUGUCACUGCAGCUCUGGUGUCCUGAUGCUACCCAGAAGGGCGCCGAAACCCCGGUUGACAAUGGCGACGAGCUUCGUGUGAAUCCAUUUGCCAGCCUACCCUCCGAUCCUGUCGACGCAAGCGGUAAUUUGAUUGACCUACAGGGUCUAUCAGAUUUGUCUAUUACUGGAAAUGGCGAGAUGCAAUCGCUCUUUUCUCAAAAGAACCUACUUCGACUAGCAGCAUUGACCGAUUCGCAUCGCACGUUGUCGCUGUUCACCCCCGGCAUUCGCGACGUGGUCUUCCGAGCAUGGUCUGGCCAUUUGGACCAUUCCGACUCGUCCUCGCCAGCUACUUUGACACCGAGCCUUACAAAGACGUACUCUGUGCCAGGAGCUGCCAGCACAAUCUACACCUUCUCAGACACCGCAAGCGGGUCACAGGGAUACUUCCCAACACGACCAUCGCUUGUAUCACUAAACUCGGGCAAUAUUCCAUCAGCAGCUGCUCACCACCGCUCCCGACCUGGAAGAAAGAAGAAGACCCGUGUUGUGAACUUGCGCCGCGCCAAGUCUGAGGCCGGUUCCUCCGACGCCAUGUCUGACGAUGCCACCGAUACCGCCUCAGUGAACAUGCCGCUGUCUGAGCCCGUCGUCGCACCAUCUGUUUCCGAUGCCGAAGCUGGUGUAGAGGUCAAGGACAAGUCUACCGGAAAGGUUCGAUUCAGCUCCACUGCCUCUGAUGGCGGCAUUCCCCCUCAGAUGCCUGUUCCUAUGGACCUGGUCAAGCGUCUGCAGGACCUCGAGCGAACCAAGGCUUCUUUGAAGGAAUCCCAUGCUCGCUCUCCUCUUUCUCAAGAGUAUGAUCCCUCCGAAGAGCUCAUUGCGUCUCUCAAGGCCAGUGAAAAGAUUGGCUCCGCUGCUGAUCAGCACUGUUCCAGCUCCGACACCUCUUCCGUGAUUCUCGAGCAAGCUUGGAUCAUGAAGAUGGCUGGCGAAAUUGCCAAGCGCGUUUACGACGAGAAGCAACGCCGCCAGGGCAACUGGGAGGCCGACCCGGAACCGGUUCCCCCUCCUGCCUACGAAGCCUCUUCUCACUAAACCACACCCGUUCAACAAAAACCUGUACAUUACUGCCAUUCCUUUUUCUUACGACUGCAACUUUUAUGCCCUCUUCUUUUUAAUGUACGGGCUCUACUUAUGACAUCCUUUUUGCGACAGCAUCUUCGUCGCCGAAUGAUGUACAUUUCUGCUUCUUUAUUUGCAUCUGUCUCAUAGCGGCGCACCGCGGCAACACAGCACUCAUACUCCUAUUUGCUUUGGAGACCAGGUCACAGCGAGACCUGUUUACUGCAUGUGUAGUUUACUUGUUUGCCCUUUUCAUUGAGCCUUGCAACAUUGCCAUUUUUCAUCUUUUGGUUGCGACAUCUGGUCCCGGGAGGACAGGUAUAUGCAGACUGCCUUUUUACUUUUUCAUUCACUAGCAAGCAUUUUUUGCAUUUGAUGCCUUUCCACUUGGGAAGACUUUGCUUGCGGCCUCAUUCUGCUAUUGAUACCUGUUUUGAUUUACUGUUGGCCGGGCCGGAAAAUUUGUUUUUUUAGGGACGGUGCUCCCGGUUUGGGGAGUGUCAAGGAUCUGCUGGGAGGCUCUCACAAGAGCCUACUUAUUUUGCGAUUUUUACUUGAGGGUACCUGUAGGGAACAGGGCCUUGACUGGGAUACUCUGUGACGGACAUGGAGUUUGAGCUUAUUAUGAUGAUGUUUUUUUGAUGCUCGCGCUUAGAUCGCGGGCAGUGUAGGACAAGAUGCGAGAAUCACUCCAAUCUAUUGCUCUAUUCUAAUUUCCAAAUGCCUCUGAACCUUGUGAAGCAUGAUGACUUUUGUUGCUCUGCAUCGUCGUAAUGCAUACUCCCUUCAUCUGGUGUCGUAUUAUAAAAAACAUGGUGUGCGCCUGUGCUGUUGUUCGCCCUGGCAUUACUGGUUUCCAGUGUCUUGCUCAGCGUGUCGCGUCUUUCUGGGACAGGUUCAUUGUCCAUUAAGCUCCGUAGAAAUCGAUGUAUCGCUGGUGAGCGGCGAUUGGACGCUGCAACUAGAGGCUAGUCGGACGCCAUCAAUAAACAGAGCUGCUGGAGAGGUAGCAGCGGCGCGGCGCGCUGGGCUACAGCGCUCGCGAGGCUUGCCUCAGUAGUUAUCUUUGAUUUUGCGCUUCCGCGGCCGUCUCGUCUUCUAGGCGGGUUUGGCCGCGACAGCAGCUGCCGCAUUUUCUGCCUUGAGUUUUGCCAACAGGGCCUCCUUGUCCUUGAGCUCCUCCAGUAAUUUGGCGUUCAUUUCUUCCGUCUUGGUUUGCGCGUCCUUCAGCUUCUUGAUUUCGGCAGCCUCGGUUUCUCUGCUAAACGGCUGGCCUGGGCGUGUAUGUCUAGGAAUCAUCGCAGUAUGUUCCCAGACCUCGCCGCUGUCGGGUGCGGGCAAUGGUGGUGGUGCCUUGUUUUUGCCUUUGCCCUUGCCAGUGCCUUUCCAGCCCUUGGGGACGGCACCACUUGUGAGAAUGUUGUAGAAUACUUCGAACGGUUCGUUGAAUAGUUGCUCUUCGUAGCUCCAUGAUCUAAUCUGGCCAUUUUGCGCAACCAUCGCCGCCUUCUCUUCGUCGUUGCGGCCAAACGGGUGUAGGCGCAAGUAGUGGUACAUGGUUUGGGGUUUCUCCGCGGAUUCAUUGAUGUAAUACAGCUUGAUUCCUAUAUCGAACUCACCCCAUCCAGUCUCGGUGACGCUAAAGGCCUUACCAGGUUCAGCUUCAAUCA